AACCUCAUUUCGGCCGCCAUUUUUGCUUCAGCAGAGCAAUGGCGUCCUUCACCUUCGGCUCCCUGCUGAUGCUCUCCGCGAUUUUCAGGCUGGUACUUAUCCUCUAUGGCGAGUGGCAGGAUGCGCACAUGGAGGUCAGGUACACUGAUGUCGAUUACAUCGUCUUCUCGGACGCUGCUUCUCUCAUGGCGUCGGGAAAGUCCCCUUAUUUGAGAUCCACUUACAGAUACUCACCACUGCUCGCGUUUCUGCUCAUACCGAAUUCAAUAAUUCAUCGCUGUUGGGGCAAACUUCUCUUCUCAGCAUCAGAUUUGCUCGUCGGGAUAUUUAUACGUACUAUUUUGAAGAAACGUGGGGUUCCAGAAAAUUUGAGCAUCGGUUCUGUUAUGGUUUGGCUUUUCAACCCGUUUACUUUUACCAUUGGCACCAGAGGAAACUGCGAGCCUCUUGUUUGUGCAAUGGUUCUUAAGAUCCUUUUAUGUCUGAUGAACGGCCAGUUGCUACAGGCUGCAUUUUGGUAUGGACUUGUCGUCCAUUUCAGAAUCUACCCGAUCAUCUAUGCCCUUCCGAUUCUUCUGAUUCUCGAUCAAAAUCUGUUCAAAUCUGGUCUGACCCCUAUUAUUCAAAAAUGGAGCCAGUGUGACCAAAAGGCACAUCAGAGCGAUUUACGUUCGAGAUUGGCUCAUAUUUUUAGUCCAUGGUUUCUUCUGAGAUCCACAAUGACCAAGGAGAGAGUCCUUUUCGGCCUUAUUUCUGGUUCAGUUUUCAUCUUCUACACUGCAUUGUUUUAUUAUCUAUAUGGUUGGGAAUUCCUGCACGAGGCGCUGCUCUACCAUCUUACACGUACUGACCCGAGGCACAACUUCUCAAUUUAUUUUUAUCACAUCUACCUUCACCAUGAGCACGAGUUCUCGGUGGUUGAGAAACUCAUUUCAUUUCUACCCCAGUUGGUAGUGCAGCUUGUUCUCGUUUUAUCCUUUGCUCAAGAUCUUCCAUUCUGCUGGUUUGCGCAGACAGUAGCAUUUGUGGCAUUCAACAAGGUAAUCACAGCACAAUAUUUUGUCUGGUUCUUCUGUCUUCUGCCCUUGAUUCUUCCUUGGAAUAAGAUGAAGGUUAAAUGGAAAGGCGUGUUCUCGGUAUCGAUCUGGACGGGAGCACAGCUUCAUUGGCUGAUGUGGGGUUAUUUGCUUGAAUUCAAGGGAAAGAAUGUGCUGAUUCAACUAUGGAUGGCAAGCAUCUUGUUCUUGGCUGCAAAUACAGCCGUUUUGAGCUUAAUCAUCCACCAACACAGGCUCUCUGCGCUUUUCAUGCUACCGGAAAGCACAGCUGAGAACGCAAAAAAAUCUAACUGAUGGAAUAUUAUUAUGUAUUUUAUGAGUUGAGUGGUCGUUCUGAUUGUUGCUGUUUCCAACUCUCUUUUUGUUGUUGAUUUCCGAGUAGCUUCAAGUGACAUUUCUCAUUUUCUUUUUUGA